AUGGGCGUGGUGUUGACAGCAGAAGCGUGUGUGAAACGGUUGUGUAGGACGCUAUAUUUCUGUCUGAACUGAGAGGUUGUGUGUGUGUACUGUACUGGACCUGAAUUUGCAUAGUACCGCUGAUAUGGAGCCCAGACAACAGGAGCUGUACUCUAGCGUACUGACUUCUGAAGCUAUAGACUGGGAAGACAGAGAAACUUUCCAUGCAGGUUUAUUGGACAAAGAGUCUCUGAAGGAAGUGGAUGAGGACAUGGUGUCAGAGGUGGACCUCAACAACACUGUCACAGAAGAGGAGCGAGAGGAAAUGGAGAAUGAACUGACUAAGUUAGAAGAAGAAAUCACUACUUUGAAACAAGUCCUGGCCUCCAAAGAAAAACGUCACUCGGAGUUGAAACAGAUACUAGGGAUCACACCCUUGAGUGAACUACGACAGAACUUCAGCAAGAGCUGGUACGACAUGCAGAGCAGCACUGCAUACAAAAAGACAUCUGAGACCCUGGCCACGGCAGGACAGCGGACCUCAACUGCCUUCAGUAACCUGGGCACUACCAUCACCAGGAAGUUCGGGGAUAUGAGCAUGUUUGGCCUUCAGGUACUGUAUCCCAUGAGGUCGCAUUCCAUUGGCUAUUCUAUACGCCAUUCAAUGAGCAUGCCUGCAAUGAGGAACUCACCUAGCUUCAAGUCCUUUGAGGAGAAAGUCGAAAGCACAGUUUCAAACAUUAAGUCAAAGGUUGGAGGAACAGGAGGUGCAGGAAGUUUUGAAGAGGUCCUGUCAUCGGCGGCCCAUGCCAGCGCCCAGGACACCCCUACUAACAACGUAACUGAGAGCAGUGAGCGCUCAUGCUGAAGAUGUUAAAGGUCUACAGGUGGAACUAUGAUGCCUCCUAGUGGUCUGGAGACCACAGUGAAAAUUGCUCUGGGGGCCCAAGACAGUAAUACACGCCUUCAGAGGUAUGCUGGUGGAUUUUCCGUGCAAAAUACGUAUUAUUUUUGUACGGAAGGAAAACAACCAAGUGGAGCAUGUUUAUUCUUUAACAUUUCUUAAAAAUAUGUAUAUUUUUCAAGGAGACUG